AUGGUAGAUGAAUGGUACGACUGGAUCUUUACAAUCAUUGAUGCCUCCGUGCCGGUCAGAUCAAAUCACCGUGCCCAACUCAGUCCUUGGGUAACUGGUCGCUCCUCCAACGUUCUGAAAAAGCUUAGUACGGCUGAGAAACACAAAAAGAGCUACUCUAAAAUUCUAUCUCUGAGAAACGAAGCUGCAUUGUACCUGGAUGAAGACAGAGUGGAAUAUGAAAUCAAGCUUUUUUCUGGAAGAAACACUGGGUCAAUUUUUGAAUACAUGAAGAGUUUGAAGAAAGACAGCCAAUUACCUUCAGUCAUCAGGUGGAAUGAAGUGUCUGCCGACAGUAAUCUCCGCAAAGCAAAUCUGUUUAAUGACUACUUCAUCAGUGUGUUCACACGCAACACUUUGGAUGUACAACUGGGGGAGUCAGAUUCCCAACUACCUGACGAAAGAGAUGCCAGUGACUAUCAAAUCAAUAGAGAUGUAGUAUAUAGUGUUCUCUCUAAUUUGGACAUAUCCAGGAGUCGCGGUGAAGACCAACUUCCACCAGUGAUCUUGCGCAAACUAGCAAUCGAGCUAACUCCUGCAGUUUUCAACGUGUUCCGGAACAUUCACAGGUACAAGUCGAAGAUGUCAAUGAAGGCUAAAGACCAGUAUGGACCUGUAUUACACAUGCCUGUUGAUGACCCGAAGUCAUCCAGGAAACAGCAUGCUCCCGAUGCAAUCAUCCAUCCAGUAAUGGGUGCACUGGAUCCCAAAUCCGGAAGGCCAGCAUCCUCAAAACUGGUACCUUCUGAACAAAACAUGGACUCUGCAAAUUCACUCAAUUCUUCGCUAGUUCCGAUUGGGACAAAUCAAUUGACAUUACAGAACCCAGCAGCACCUCAUGAGCAACAGACAAAAUCAGCCCUGAUGAAGAAGGCGCCAACUCUACCUAAACCCAAAUGGCACCCGCCUUGGAAGCUAUACAGAGUCAUUAGUGGACAUUUAGGCUGGGUGAGGUCAAUUGCGGUUGACCCUACAAACGAUUGGUUUUGCACUGGCAGUGCAGAUAGAACUAUCAAAAUUUGGGAUCUAGCUUCCGGCAAACUGCGACUGUCUUUAACGGGUCAUAUCAGUGCAGUAAGGGGUUUAGUAGUCAGUCCACGGCAGCCGUAUUUAUUCUCGUGUGGUGAAGACAAAAUGGUGAAAUGUUGGGAUCUAGAGCAGAACAAAGCCACACGACACUACCACGGCCAUCUAAGUGGAGUGUACUCUAUCGACCUGCAUCCGACUAUCGAUGUGUUGGCCACCUGUGGUCGUGAUGCAGUCACACGUAUCUGGGACAUGAGAACGAAAGCAUGUAUCCACUCAUUGACUGGCCAUACUAACACAGUGUCCAGUGUGAAGUGUCAAGCGGCUGAGCCUCAAGUGAUCACCGCUAGUCAUGACUCGACUGUGAAGCUGUGGGAUCUGGCGGCGGGCAAGUGCAGAGCCACUUUGACCAAUCACAAGAAGAGUGUGAGAGGAUUGGUGCUACAUCCUAAAUUGUACUCUUUUGCGACAGCCUCCCCCGACAACAUCAAAGUGUGGAAGUGUCCGGAGGGGGAGUUCCUGCAGAACUUCACUGGCCAUAACUCAAUAAUCAACGACCUCGCUGUCAACCAGGACAAUGUACUAGUCUCUGCAGCGGACAAUGGUAGCAUGCACUUUUGGGACUGGACCAGUGGCUACUGUUUCCAGAGAGUGCAGGCACAAGUGCAGCCUGGCUCUCUGGACAGUGAGGCCGGCAUCUAUGCAGUCCAGUUCGACAUGUCCGGCAGCAGACUCAUCACAGCCGAGGCAGACAAGACCAUCAAAGUGUACAAAGAGGACGACACUGCUACCGAGGACAGCCUUCCAGUUGCGUGGAAACGAACGCUCAACAUGAAGAAAGCAUACUAG